AUGGCGUCGCCCGCGCCGAGCGCGAGCGAUCGCGGAGGCGAGGUCUCCGAGGCCGCGCUCGAGUUCCUUCUCGCGGAGCUCGUGAACGCGCAGCGCGAGCGAGGGGAGGACGGGAGGAGGGUCAUGACGCGCGCGGGGUUCGACGUCGGCGUGAAGCUCGCGGAGCGGUGCGCGCGCGUCCGUCCAACAAAGUCUCGUCCCCUCGAUCGCUUCCUCCCGAUCCUGUUCGUGUGCAAGGACUGGUGGACGCGGUGCUUCAAAAAACGCGUUGACAACCUCAAGACCAACAACCGCGGCGUGUACGUACUCACGGACGAGUCGUUCGCGUGGAUGCGCCGCGUGCGAGCGGCGGGGCGGACGCUCGAGGAGGAGGCGGCGAUCGCGCGCGCGGAGUGCGACGCGCGCGCGGCGUUCCCGUGCGGCGUGAUUCGAGGGACGCUGGCGGCGCUGGGAUUGGAGUCGAACGUCUCGGCGGAGACGACGCCGCUGUCGCCGGGAGGGGGGGCGAAGGUGGCGUUCACGGUGCGGCUGAAAGGCGCGGAAGGCGGGCCGUCGUGA